GGCAUCUUACAUCAGCUUACUGUGCCUCAGAAACUUCUCAGUGCAAAAAAAGAGCCGGGUUUUUUUUUUUUAUUUUCUUAGAAACACCUCAGUAUCGACAGUGGAUUACAGCGCCGGACUCCGGGACGCACCUCGGGGCGACACCUUUACAGGAGGAAGACUACCCUGAAACAUUUCCCCAGAAGGGCUCCUUCGCUCGUGUCACUGUCGUUACUGGCACUGGAAGCUGUUCAGCUCAUGGGGUAGAAGCAGCGACAGGAAGGCAACCAAAUUUCAAGAAUGCGCUAAGUUGCUAUGUCCACUUCUGUGUGCCGCUAUCCACUUGGGAUGUCAGGCGGGCAGAUUCACGAUGAAGAUAUCACAGCAUCCAGUCAAUGGGCAGAAUCCACUGCUGCGAAAUAUGGAAGACUAGACUAUGAAGAGGGAGAUGGAGCGUGGUGUCCUGAAAUUCCAGUAGAACCAGAAAACCUGAAGGAAUUUCUGCAAAUUGACCUGCGAGUGCUUCACUUCAUUACUCUGGUUGGCACUCAAGGACGUCAUGCCGGAGGUCACGGCAAUGAGUUUGCUCAGAUGUACAAGAUCAACUACAGUCGCGAUGGGAGUCGCUGGAUUUCCUGGAAAAAUCUCCAAGGAAAGCAGGUAAUAAAUGGGAACAAAAAUGCCUAUGACAUUGUCUUAAAGGAUCUGAGCCCUCCCAUUAUUGCUCAGUAUGUCCGUUUCAUCCCAGUUACUGAUCACAGGAUGAACGUGUGCAUGAGGGUCGAACUCUAUGGCUGUGAAUGGCUAGAUGGGCUGGUUUCUUACAGUGCCCCUCCAGGACAGCAAAUUGUCAUGUCAGGAGGCCAUGUCAUCUACCUGAAUGACAGUAUAUAUGACGGCGCAUUUGGCUCUACAAUGACAGAAGGCCUCGGACAGCUGACAGAUGGUGUGUGUGGCCUGGACAACUUCAUUCAAAGCCACGUCUACAACAUAAACGACUACGUGGGCUGGUCGAAUGACACCUUUUCGAAUGGAUACGUGGAAAUUGAGUUUGAGUUUGACAGGAUUCGCAAUUUCACGACAAUGAAGGUUCAUUGCAACAACAUGUUCACCAAAGGCGUGAAGAUCUUCAAAGAGGUUCAGUGCUAUUUCUACUCGGAGUCUAGCUCCUGGGAGCCCAAUCCCAUCUCCUCCAGCCUGGUACAUGAUGAUGUCAACCCCAGCGCCCGCUUUGUCACCGUCCAGCUAAUGAACCGUAUGGCCAGCUCCAUUAAGUGCCAGUUUUAUUUUGCGGAUGCCUGGAUGAUGUUUAGUGAGAUCACCUUUCAGUCAGACACGGCCAUGUACAACACCACUUGGGCUCCAUCAAAUACUCUUCCACCAACCAGCAUUCAGCCAGGAGAAAAUCCCACUCAUAAAGUGGAUGACAGCAACACUCGCAUAUUAAUUGGCUGCUUAGUUGCCAUCAUCUUUAUACUUCUUGCAAUUAUAGUCAUCAUCCUGUGGCGUCAGUUCUGGCAAAAGAUGCUGGAAAAGGCUUCACGUCGUAUGCUGGAUGAUGAACUGACUGCCAGUCUGUCAAUACAGAGUGAAACCUUCACAUAUAACACCAACAAUCGGUCACCAUCCUCCAGCGAACAAGAGUCCAACUCAACCUACGACAGAAUUUUUCCUCUCGGGCCGGACUACCAGGAGCCCUCACGACUCAUCAGAAAGCUACCAGAGGUCUCCAAAGCAGCUGAAGAAGCUGCUGCUGAUGUCGCAGCCAAAUCAUCUCAGAUUGGCCAAGAAGGUGUCCCGCAUUACGCAGAAGCGGAAAUCAUCAAGAUUCAAGGUGUCACCGGCAGCAACACUUAUGCUGUCCCUGCUGUCACCAUGGAUCUGCUUUCUGGGAAGGAUGUGGCAGUAGAGGAGUUUCCCAGAAAUUUGCUGAUCUUCAAGGAGAAGCUUGGAGAGGGUCAGUUUGGAGAGGUACACCUGUGUGAAGCAGAGGACAUACAGAAGUACAUGGACAAAGAAUUUGCUUUUGAUGCCACUGCUAAUCAGCCUGUUCUAGUGGCUGUUAAAAUGCUGCGGUCAGAUGCCAACAAAAAUGCCAGAAAUGAUUUCUUGAAAGAAAUCAAGAUCAUGUCUCGUUUAAAAGACCCCAACAUCAUCCGCCUGCUGGCAGUUUGCAUCUGUGAUGACCCGCUCUGCAUGAUCACAGAAUAUAUGGAGAACGGCGACCUGAACCAGUUCUUAUCCCGACAUGAGCCAAUGGGAGAGGUGUCUAUGGCCAGCAAUACCCCCACUGUAUGCUACGCCAACCUGCAUUACAUGGCCACACAAAUAGCAUCUGGAAUGAAGUAUCUCUCCUCCCUCAACUUUGUUCACCGGGACCUUGCAACACGGAAUUGUCUGGUGGGUAAGAAUUACACCAUUAAGAUAGCAGAUUUUGGAAUGAGUCGCAACUUAUACAGCGGAGACUACUACCGUAUCCAGGGGAGAGCCGUGCUGCCCAUUCGCUGGAUGUCGUGGGAGAGCAUCUUGUUGGGCAAGUUUACUACUGCCAGUGAUGUUUGGGCAUUUGGAGUGACCCUUUGGGAGACACUGACCUUCUGUCGGGAGCAGCCAUACUCUCAUCUCUCUGAUGAGCAAGUCAUUGAAAACACAGGAGAGUUUUUCAGGGACCAAGGACGACAGGUCUAUUUACCCCAGCCAGCCAUUUGUCCAGAUCCUGUCUACAAGCUAAUGCUUUGUUGCUGGAGACGAGACACAAAGGAACGACCAUCCUUUCAAGACAUCCAUCGCACGCUCCUAAACUGCAUGGUCUAGGGGGCAUUUGCCUGAAAGCGGACUAAUUAGCGGCCUCAUGUAGAAUUUAAUUUUGUACAGUGCUUAGUUUGUGCAUAUGAGAACUGGAAGACAAGAAGUGGCAAUCAAAGGUGAUCAUCAGUCCAUAUGGAGGAGUAACUUUCACAUGGAUGAUGAUGAUGAUGAUGUGUAGGCAGCCUGUGAUUACCUGCAUGAUGAAUAUGAAGGAGCGGACGCGUCGAGCAGAAAUGGGACAAACAGAGAGUGAAAAAAAAUCCAAGUGGCAGUAGUCACUGGGAGGUGAAGACGCAGACCACCUUAUAUUCGUUUCUAUCUACCAUAAGUGUACCCAGGAAGCCAUUCAUGAAACCAGCAACAUGUUGAGAAGACACGUUGCUAAUUUGUACAGUUGAUAUAUUGGGCCUUUAUAUGAGAUUUAAUUUCUAUCUACUUUAAACAACAUACUUUGGGAUAACUGGAUUUAUUCACAAAAACACAUGAAACUUUUUCUUUAGUGAUGCACCUUACUUGACUACUGUUGACAGAACCAUGAUGGGAAGAACCAACAAAAUGCAAUUUAUCUCAGUAAUAGAAACUAGCAAAAAGUAUUCUUCCCUGGCAUUUUUUAAAACUGCCAUUUUUAUUUCAGGUACAAAACAUGAAUAUUCACUUAUCAUAAUCGAACAGUAUUUUAAAGUGUCUUGUUAAUAAUAGUUAUUACUAUCUCUUUGUGUAUGCAUUCAGUUAUUUUCAAUCCAGUUUUAAUCUUCACUUAGGGUAUUAGGAAAGUCAGAGCAUCAGGCAUAAAGUACGAUCUCCCUCUGGUUGAAGGAACUGUAGAACUCUUAUUAUUUACUGUCCUUAAAAUAUUUUUAUUGUUUCAUUAUUGAAUCAUUACUGAUUAGUAGAAAGAGGAAGACACUAUGGUCCCUUAGGGGCUAGUUGUAUCAAAGCUUCAGACUCCACCACUGACGUCUCUGUGUAAUUGUCGGCAAGUCAAUUAACCUGAUAGGACUCCAAAGGUAGCAAUUUGAGAAAAUAUUUUAUUAUAAAAGUGUUUUUGUGAGUCACUUGGUGUUAACCCUGAGCAUUACAUGGUCUCAGAAUUCUAUGUAAGUAUGGUUAAGCCCGAUUCAGAUUCAAGGUGACAUGUAAAGAUCUGCUUUACAUUGUUAAGCCCAAAUAACUUUCAGGACAGUAUUCUGCUGCCAUCUAGUGUAUAAAAUAACACUAUGCUGCACAAAGACAGGAAUAGUUCUAUGCGUUUUAAAACUCUAACAUGAUUCAACAAUAUUAAUGAGUGAGGCAGAGCUUUCAACCAGAAAAUAAUGUGGUGUAAACAAGAAGCUGUAAAGCCAGUGUCAGGACAAACUGAAAUUAAAGCCAUUAAUUGAAUCAAGUGCUUGUGAUGGUAAAGUUAAUUGGUCAUCAGCGGAUAGCGAAAACGAUGCAUACUGCACUGUACGAUCAAACCGCCGUGAUAUACCUAGUGAAUUCAGUUGCCUGAAGCUUCAGUGUGGUGCAAGUAGGUGUGUGGCAAAAAAGCAAAAUGAUUGCAGUCAAAUAUAAGACAAGAAAAACAUUAGCCUCCUAAGCAUUGUUCAUAUUGCUGCAACUGCUGUUCAUGUCAAGGAGAAAUGCGGAAGUCAUUAAGCCUUGCGCUGUGAUAGCCUGCAAUAACAUAAUGGCCAUGUCCGUCAUGCGGGUCAGACAUUGAUAUUCUACCCUCUCAUGCACAAGCAACAGAAAAAAAACAUAAUCAAAGUGCACAAAGAAACACACUUGUACUCUCCCAGUGGCAUCACUGAGCUUUGGAUUGGUGACAGCGUUUCCAAAUGUAUCACAUUAAUGAUGUGUACUAAAGUACAGCAGCAGAUACUAGAUGGACCUUUCCUACGUAUUUAUGCUGAUGUUCUGAUAAUUGCGUAUUUCUGUUGCAUGUAAUAACAUUUUUUCUUGUUGACAAAAAUUCAAUUUUUGACUCAUUCUUCUGGAGGUACACAUAAGACUAGGGUGGCUAUUAAGAGUAUCAGCUAAAAAAAUUUUAAUAAAUACACGGUGUAAAAAUGGGCAAUGCCAAUCAUAUAACAUAUAAUAUAAACCUUGCUAGUGUAUUAGAUAGACAGAUAAUUAAUACUAUAUUUUUCCCCAAGGAUAAAUUAAACAUGUAUACAUGCCCAAUUAAAAUAUAAAUAUAACAAACCACAACCUCCCCAAACACAAACAAGAACGUUUGGCUUGGAUAAUAAGAGAGCUGCUUCUGUCUUAUAACAGGCUGUAAAUAUAUGGGCACUAGAUGGCACUGUUGCCCACCUUUUUCCCAGACAGUACGGGGUAAAAUCACCCAGAAGUAUUUUAAUUUCUUUUGCCUCCUUGUAAUGUGCCUUUAAAACACCACAGCCACAAAAAAUACCAUUAAAUCGAAACAAAAACACAAUUCUUCUCACCACUACACCUCCCAGCAAGCUCUGUCACACUCCUCCCAACUCCAGCUCGCU